GGUGCUGUAUUCGAAGGCUUGUGGCCGACAGUCUCGUCCCGGGCGUCGAGGCCUGGCUCCGCAGGGUCUAGUUCAGGAAUCCUAUCUCAUCAGAUGGCUAUACAGACUGUCUCUGCAGACGGCUUAUCAUUGCUCUCAGACACUUGACAAUCCAAGUGUUCCUCAAUCACGCAACCUUCGAGGGGAACACCUAUCUGGUGGCUUCUGCAUGCUUCUCGAGGAAAGCGUCGGACGUCUCCUUGAUUGCUGUCGAGUCAUAAGUUAACUAUAAGACUGGCACAGUCGUGGGGUCUUUCCCUUCCAGCGUCACUCAACAGUGAUUCAGUCUGGUACUCGCUCAUCAUCCUGCCAGGGUCCUCUCCGUUGUCGCCGCAUUCCGAACUCGAAGACGAUGAAGAUUCCCAAUUUCAGGCCACGCCCGUUCCAUCUCGCCCUCCAAGGCGAGGUCUCAAUCUGGAUCAACAAUGACAUCCGACCGCUGCCUCCUUCCCGCCGACUCUGGGACACCUGGGCAUAUCUGUCUUUCUGGGCCAUCAAUCAGAUCGCCCUCAGCAACUGGCAGAUCGGCGCCUCUCUAGUUGCCGUCGGCCUUUCUGUCUGGCAAACGAUGAUUGCUGUGAUCAUUGGAAAGAUAAUUAUUGCUGCAGUGGCGAUCUGCAAUGGCAUGGUCGGUGCAACCUGGCACAUUGGCUUCCCGGUUCUGUCGCGUGGUAUCUGGGGUGUUUGGGGUUCAUAUAUCAUCAUUGUCCAGCGCAUUGCCCUCAGCUUGACCUGGUUCUGCGUACAGUCAUGGACUGGAGGGAUUUGCGUCACGGCGGUACUGAGUUCAAUCUUCUCCUCCUUCCAGCAUAUGGAAAACACUCUGCCUGCGUCGUCAAACACCACUACCAAGUUGCUGGUUGGAUGGAUCGUUUACAACAUCAUUACCAUCCCAAUGCUCUACAUUCCUCCAGAGAAGACCCGCAAACUACUAUUCGCCAUGAACACCAUCUCCGUGGUCACCCUCGUCUCGAUGAUGAUCUAUGUUCUCUCCACUGCCCGUGGCGCAGGGCCAUUGCUCUCCGCGCCAGCCACGGCACGCUCAGGGAGUCAACUGGGCUGGGCCAUCGUCCAGGGUAUAACGACCGUCAUUGGAGGCAUCGCUGUGGGAUUGACAAACCAAACGGAUUAUUCACGCUUUGCCCGCAAACCUGGCGACCAGAUCUUCGGCCAGUGGUUCUCGAUCCUGACCCUGGGCACCAUCUUGCCCCUUUUUGGCUGCCUCACAAGCUCUGCAUCUAUUCAACUCUAUGGCGAAGCAUACUGGAACCCACCUGACCUCUUGCUUCGCUGGCUCGAUGACGACUACAACGCCAAAUCCCGCGCUGCGGCAUUCUUCGCUGGCUGUGGCCUGGUGGUCUGCCAGCUCGCGAUCAACACCAUCGACAACGCGUUUUCGGCUGGCAUGGAUUUGUCCGGUCUCUUCCCCAAGUACUUCAACAUCAGGAGGGGAUCCUAUCUUGCGCUCGUUUUGUCCAUCGCCAUGUGUCCUUGGGAACUGCUCGCCUCAGCUGGGACUUUCAUCAGUGUCAUGGGAGCCUACUCGGUCUUCCUAGGUCCAAUGUGUGGUAUCCAGAUCUGCGACUAUUUCCUUGUACGGUCGCGACGGAUGAAGCUGACCGAUCUCUACACACCCUCGCAAACGGGGAUAUAUUAUUACUUCCAUGGCGUGAACCCGCGGGCUUUCGCUGCAUGGGUCUGCGGCUGGGGUCCUCAACUGCCGGGCUUCGUCGCCAACGUCAAUCCCAGCGUGACGGUUCCGAAAGCAUGCACCGACAUGUUCUAUCUCGCGUUUCCCCUGGGUCUUGCCAUCAGCUUCACGCUCUAUUACGGACUCAACCGAGCAUUCCCGCCCAACGGACUAGGAGAGUACGACGACGUCGACUACUACGGCACUUUCACAAGCGACGAGGCCGCGAAGCUGGGCGUUUCCCUGCCGGAGGAGACGAUUGGGGAAGACAAAGUCAAGCAGCUUGGGUAUGCUGAGGACACAAAGGUUAUGGAUGAGAAGGUGACUGAGUAGUACUAGUACUAGUAGUAGAGAUAUAUGAAACUUUUCAAUUUAUUAUCUCUAGGCUCCGCACGAGGUAAUACUAGUAUCAGG